AUGCUCCGAAAGCUGCACUCCGUCUUCCACCCCAGGCCGCGCGGGAAGGCGGAGGUGGCCGACAGGUCCUACUCCGAGGGCGGGCCCGCGGUGCGGCUGGUCCGCAGCAGCUCCAUGUACGUGGUCGGGGACCACGGGGAGAAGUUCAGCGAGUCUCUGAAGAAGUACAAAAGCACCGGCAGCAUGGACACCAGCCUGUACUACCUGCAGCAGGAGGGCGACCGGGCGUGGAUGUACUCGCGCACCCAGGACUGCCUGCAGUACCUGCAGGAGCUGCUGGCCCUGCGGAGGAAGUACCUGAGCAGCCUCAACGACCUGAAGCCCAAGCGCGCCCCCGGCUGCUCCUCCACCUCCUCCAAGUCCUCCAAGGGCGGAAAGAAGGCCCCCGGCCAGCACGCCUCCAAAGAAAUAAAGAAAGCAACCCCCAGGAAAUACUCGCAGUUCAGCGCGGAUGUGGCAGAGGCCAUCGCCUUCUUUGACUCCAUCAUUGCAGAGCUGGAUACAGAGAAACGGCCACGGACUGCCCAGACAGACCCCCCUAAUGAAGAUGUGGACUUUGAUGUGGCCACCAGCUCCCGGCAGCACAGCUUGCACUCCAACUGGAUCCUGCGGGUGCCGCGCCGGCACUCCGAGCACGUGGCUGCGCACACCAUCCACACGACAGACGGCCAGUGUCGAAAGAGCUCUGAGCGCAGGACCAUCGGCACUCAGAGGCGGCUGGAGCGGCACCCCAUUUACUUGCCCAAGGCGGUGGAAGGGGCUUUCAGCACUUUGAAAUUUAAGCCCAAAGCCUGCAAAAAAGACCUGGGGAGCUCCAGACGGAUCCUCUUCAACUUCUCCAGAGAAGACGUGGAAUGGGAUGAGGAGCUCUUUGCGCUGGAGACGCUGGCAUCUUCCGGGGAGGACUACUUCGAGACAGAAAACCCCAAAGGACAGUGGCUGCUUCGAAAGCGACUCUGGGAGCAGACAGUGCCCUGA